AUGUCGAGCGAUACGCAUGCGACUUCACAAGCCAUUCAGACCGUCAAAAAUGCGCUGAAGAAGUGGGAAUGGGAGUUUCGCGCGGCGAAUGGAGGGAGGAAGCCAGGGCGCGAGGACAUCAAGAACGAUGCGGCAAUUUCUGCACAGUAUGAGGAGUACGACAGGCUCACCGGUCGAGGAUCGAAAACUCGCUCAUCCCCACGAACACGGCAGCCGAAGGGCGAUAAUGGAAAACCCGAUGAACGCGUUCUACAAGGCCGAUCGGCGAACAGUGUAGCUGCUACUCCGAAAAAGGCUUCAAAGUUUACAGAGGCGAUCGAGGACAAUCCGGCACAAGAGGAUGAGCCAACACCAGCAUGCGUUCGCUUUGCCCUCGGGCCAACACCGCAGAAAGACGGCGCGGUGCUGAGCCUGUUCGACUCCUUUCCUACCCCUACACCGUCGAAAAGCGUCGACACUCUCACCGCGUCAAUGGCGGCCACUGUAAACGCCACCCCAAGCAAGUCAAGCGCCCAGCAAUCCUCAGAACAAAAGUUGGCCAAAACACCGCAAUCGUCCGCGAAAAGAUACUACCUCGAAGCUUUCGGCGGCACGCCGCUGAAGCGGAAGAGAGAUGACGAGGACGUCUUCACGCCUAGUACCGUCAAGAAGCAGUUCGCUACCCCCGCUUUCCUACGCCGGAAUCGUUCGUUGGCCCCGAUCGACGAGGAAGACGGGGAAGGUGCUGCUCUGCCGUUCAAGAAACGAGGACUGGUGCGGAGUCUGAGCGCCAUUAUUCAGGGGCUGAAGAAGCAAGAGGAAGAGCGACUGGAGGAUGAGUGGGACGUUCUGAACGAGAUUGAAGCAGAAGAAGCAGAUGGAGGGGAGACGCGGUCGAAGGGAGACAAAGUGCUUGUGGAGGAUAGCCAGGCUGUCGAGAUGCCGCUUGGCCCGGAUCAAGGCGUUGAAUCCGAUGAGGAGCGCGGAGAUCAAAACGCAUUAGACGCCAAUGGGCAACCGAGGAAGGUGUGGAAGAAGAAGGGGCUGAAGCGGCAGACGCGGCGUUCGAUCAUGCGGCCUGUGCUGCACAAAGCGCAGAAAGCUGUGGACGAUGGUAAGGGCGAGGACGACGAAUCAGACGAUGCUGCGUCCCGUGGAGAAGCAUCCGGAGAUGAAUCAAAGACGACUACCAAGCCUGGCGCAGAAGACGGCAACACGGAGAAGAAGAAGCGAAAGGUCAGCGCGCAAGCUCACGCCAAUUUCCGCAAGCUCAAGAUCAAGAACAAGAACUCCAAAGCCAAUGGGCGGGGCGGGAGGUUUGGCAGGAGGUGA